AUGAGAAGCGCUGCUGAGCCAUCAAUCUCACGGCGCGGUGUCGGAAAAGGCGGCAUUAACAUGGAGCAGCAGCGGCGUCCCCACAUCGUCCUCUACCCGGAGUCAAAGGAAGCCGCCACCUCUGGGACUGAAACAAAAAAGAGAACUCCAUCCGUGCAUCUCACUGCACUCAUUCACUACCUCACCCCUCCCUCUUUUCCCUCACCUCUCUCUCCUCCCUCUCGUCCCUUCCCUCUCCUCCUCUCCCCCUCCUCCCCCUCCUCCCUCUCCUCCCCCUCCAGCACAGAGAGCUCCCCCCAUCAUCAGCACCAUCCACAUUAA